AUGUUCAAGAAAGAGCCCCAAAUUAAAGCUUUGAGUAACCUGAAAAACUCAGAGCGUAAGAAUAUACAGUCACAGUGUAAGGAACAAACCGGUUCGUCUGAAUAUGCUUUCCCUUCCCAGGUGAUCAAGCAAACCACUUUCAAAACGCCUUUUACAACAGGAACCGUAUUCACAGACCAAAAAAACGUUCCUAUCUGGUUCAAGGAAAAGUUCAGUGACCUUUUAUACCCUACAGUGUUUACCUGCUGGAGCAAUUCGAAGCUUUUACCAAUUGUGCUGGCUCAUGAGUACGUCGUUGAGGAGAAGCUGCUUAAGGGCGCCAACCUGAUGUUGCCAGGUACAGUACCACCUUUCGACGAACGCUGCGUCAAAACCAGAAUGGUGAGUGUUGCAAGUACGGCUGCACCCGAUGUUGUGAAAGCCAUUGGCAUCGUUCAGAUAAAUCUCCCACAAUAUUCAAGAGUUAUAGGUGAGUCUGGCGUUGCGGUGGAAAUUGUGCACACAUUUGGCGAUGAACUUUGUAAAGUCUUUAAGGUGAAACUUCAGCCACCUGAGGGCUCAGCUGCAAUCCUAGACUCGGAAAGUGAAGAAGAAGCUGACAUUGAAGACGACACUGGGGUUCCAUCUGCGCCCGAAAGUUUAGCCGCACCCAAGAGCUUGCAAGAUGUUCAGGAACCUCUUGUCAAUGUUGAAGACAUAUCUGAGCAGCUUACAGAGCUAAGAGUUGAAGACGUGGAUCAUUUUUUUACUAGAUCGCUGUAUUACUCGUUGGCUCAUGACGCGAAACUUGAGACCCCCAUAAGCGCUUCCAACUUUGUCUCGAACCACAUUCUACGAAACCUGCCUCCAAUCGAUCACACGCAGGUUAACAUGAAGAAAACAUCAUGGAAAAAGACUGCAAAGUUUCUUAAAUACUUUGAAAAAGAAGGGUUCUUAAAGCUCAAGGGCAAAGGCGAUGACCUGACCAUCAUAGGAGUGGACAGAACUAAAAGCGAGCUAAAAAAUUUUGCGCCUUACAGGAUUGGAGGGGGCGCUAGUAGUUCGGAGAAAGGAGCCUCCUCGGUCGCGAAUGAAAAAGAGCAAGCGUCUGUUAUGAAAGCUGUUUCUUUGUACAGACCGAUAAGCAGUACCAAAGCGUUCCUUUCCGCGACAGAUCUGCCGCCUAAUCAAAUGUUCACCCAACAGGAUAUUAAAUCGGCUGUCGAUAAAUACAUAUCAGCUAAGAACUUGGUGAGCCCCGACAAUAAAUCCGCUGUUCGACUUGAUGACCUUUUGUAUGAUUUGGUCAAUCGCUCUUCAAAAAAGGAGAAUGCGGUUAGAACGAUUGCGAGAGCGCAGAUCAUGGCACCUGUUCUAAAGGGUAACUUUUCGGAGCAUUUUCUAAUUCUAAAGGCUGAUGGUACACCUUUGUUCAAGCACCCUGUGAAAGGCAGCAUUCCUCAAGUCCAAAUUGUGACUGAAAUGAAGAUAGGUCGCAAAGUGGUUACCAAGGUUUCUAAUUUUGAAAAGUUUCAGGUAGACGCUGACGAGCUAGCUGAAGCUCUUAGAAAGAAAUGUAGCGGCUCUACAACAAUUGGAGAAGCGAACACUUCUCCUAAAACCCUCGAAGUCACAGUGCAAGGUCCACAUGGCCCUGCUGUCAUAGAACUGCUGAAUGAAAGCGGAAUUCCUACCAAGUGGAUUAACUUUGUGAACAAAUUGAAAAAGAACAAGAAGCGCAAGUGA